GUGCCGAAGGAAUGGGCGAUCGCCAAAGUGGCCAUGGCGUUCAAGAAGAAUGACUUGGGAUGUUCGGGCACCGACAGGCGGCGCACGGAAGGCGCCAUGUUCACUGCUCGGAGACGCAUCGAUUUCGCACGUGCUCAGGAAGGCGGCGCCGUCUCUCUCCGGCCGCUCGACUGGCGCAAGGCUUUUGAUGGCGCGAACGUCGACAGCGUGCUCUCAGCUGUGCAGAGAGAAGGCUCCACUGGCAAGCGCAGCAGGCUGCUGCGACACAUGAUGGGCAGCAGGCAGUUAGACGUCGAAUACUUGGGGUUCACGUCGAACGGACGGCCGCAGCGUUCGGGCAUCUUGCAAGGGUGCAGCCUGAGCCCGCUGACGUUCAUCGCAGUGAUGUCCUGCGUGAUGGAAGACGCGUUUGCCGUGCUCUCUCCGAGCGCGCGCGCGGCCUGCGUGUCUGGGGAGCUGGCAGACAUCGCUUGCGCCGACGACGCGCAGCUCGCGCGCGCAAUCUCCAUGGCCAGACAGGCGUGCGGACUGGAGCUACACGUCAACGGGUUCCAGCUGCUACAGACCCGUCGCCAAGCUGAGGCGCAGAUCGGGGGCCAUUGCGUGCAGUGCAAAGAAUCGCUC